UGAAAACAGCGGUCCACACCUAUCCAUCUGCACCAACAGCUUCUGUAUUUGGAUGGAAUCCAAGGAUGAUGAUUAAUUCCUUAAGCAUAAUAUAUGUGAAAUUGUAAAUUAUAUACAUACAUACACACAUAUUUAUAUCUAUAUGUUAUGUAGAAGAAGAUACAGACUCACUGUAACUGUAAAUUUGGAGCUGGAAAAUGGCGGAAGAGAGAGAGACAGAGGUGAUUCAUUCAUGGUCUGCUCCGAGAUCUUUAAGCACAAGCUUAAUGUACUCUUUUGCUCAGAGGGAUGAUACAGAAGUGGUUGAUGAACCUCUUUAUGCACACUAUUUAAGGGUAACCGGGGUUGAUAGGCCGUAUAGAGAAGAGCUUCUUUCAAAGAUGGAAUCUGAUGGAAAUAAGGUUGUGAACAACAUCAUUUACGGUCCUGGAGGAAAAAAGUAUCGAUAUUGUAAGCAUAUUGCAAAACAACGCAUGCCUGGUUUAAGUAAUGAGUUGAUGGAGAAAGGAAAGCACUUUAUAUUAAUUCGGAAUCCCCUUGAUAUAUUGAAAUCCUUUCACAAGGUUGUCCCCUCAUCCUUCCAUGAAUUAGGGUUGGCAGACCUGGUUUCUAUAUACAGCGAACUGUGUGCAGCAGGGAAGAGCCCACCUAUUAUUGAUGCCACUGAACUUCAAGAAGACCCUGAGGCUGCUUUACGUGGACUUUGUGAAGAUCUUAACAUUCCGUUUCAGGCUUCAAUGCUCAAAUGGGAAGCUGGUCCAAAAUCUGUUGAUGGCAUUUGGGCUCCAUGGUGGUACAAGAGCGUGCACAAAUCUACAGGCUUUGUGCAAACUGACAAAUAUCGUCAACCUUUUCCAGCAUUGCUUUAUGAUUUGCUGGAGCAAAGUUUACCCUUCUAUAACAUGCUGAGAAGUAAUGCAAGGCGCAAAAGAUUUCCGAAGCUUCCAAUGCCUUCGCUUCCCGUUCCUGCUAAUGAAAAGCUUCUUGUUUGGGUUGGUGAUGAAAUUUUACCCCGUGACAGUGCAAUGGUUUCAGUAUUUGACUCAGUUGUCCAAGGUGGCGAUUCAGUAUGGGAAGGACUUAGAAUCUAUAGUGGUAAGGUGUUUAAGCUUGAAGAGCAUUUAGACAGGUUGUUCGACUCGGCAAAAGCUCUAGCUUUCAACAAUGUACCAACUCGUGAUGAGGUUAAAGAGGCCAUAUUCAGUACACUGAUGGAGAAUGGGAUGUUUGACAAUGCACACAUCCGUUUAAGUCUGACACGUGGCAAGAAGGUCACUUCAGGGAUGAGCCCGGCUUUUAAUCUUUAUGGAUGCACCUUAAUAGUUCUUGCAGAGUGGAAACCACCAGUCUAUGACAAUACAAGGGGUAUUACAUUGGUGACUGCCACCACUCGUCGUAAUUCACCAAAUAACUUGGAUUCCAAGAUUCACCACAACAACCUCCUGAACAAUAUACUUGCAAAGAUAGAAGGAAACAAUGCAAAUGCCGAUGAUGCAAUCAUGCUUGACAAGGAUGGUUAUGUGUCUGAAACAAAUGCUACUAACAUUUUCUUGGUGAAGAAAGGUACCGUUAUGACACCUCCUGCUGAUUACUGUCUUCCAGGCAUCACUCGAGCAACUGUCAUGGACCUUGUUAAGAUGGAAAACUUGGUUUUGGAAGUGCGCCGUGUCAGUCUCUCAGAGUUUCAUACUGCAGAUGAGGUGUGGACUACUGGAACUAUGGGGGAACUCAGCCCUGUUUUAAAGAUCGAUGGACGUGUAAUUGGUGACGGUACAGUUGGACCAAUUACUAAAAGAUUACAAAACUCAUUCAAUAAGCUGACUGAAGGACUUGGAGUGCCUAUACCUGCCUAUCAGCAACCGGCCUGAAUCCUGCAGGUAAGCAGUCUCAAAAUGGUGCAAGAGAUCAAGAUAAAGCUUGUGGAUUGUGAGUGAGUGUGUGUGUGUGUGUGUGUAUGAUCCUAAUAGACCUAAUUUAAAUCAUGUGUUACGCAGGUGAAAUUUUUAAUUAAUAAGAUUCUGAAUCUUGCAUGGUUAUAUAAUCCCAUGUUAAAGAUUUUGAAUCA